AUGCAAUUCACUGCUACGAAAUUAUUCACCGCCUUCUUGGCGUUGAUUGCUUUGAUGCAAUUCGUCUCCGGCGCGGCCUUGUACUCCGAGAUGACCGGCGCGAAAAUCGCCGUCAGCGUCUCCGACGUCGCCUUGACGGAUGGGUGCGCACCGACGACCUACACGGGCGGCGCAUCCAGUUUAACGGUCAAAUGGUCCGGCUUGACGGUCGCGCCGGCGAAAAUCGCCAUCAAAUUGUGCUACACGAAGGACCAAACCGUGGACAGAGCGUGGAGAAAAUUUAAAGACAACAUCAAGGACAACAAGCAGUGCAAACAAACGGCGGAUACGGCGGCAUUUUUGGUGGAACCGUUUGAGUCCACCGAUUUGAGUGGAGAGAAGGAAGUUGUGAUUCCAAUGAAUACGGCGCCGACGACGUACACCGUGCAAGUGUUGGCCAUGGACGAUACCGGGGCGUUUAUCCAAUACGGGGACAGUUUGUUGAGCGAGUGCCACAUUAAGAUUGACACGUACGACAGACUCCCGAUGACGUUGCAAGGUACCAUGGGUUUCUUCUGCGCGUUUUCUUUGAUUUUUGCCGGGGCUGUUUGGGUGUACGACGUGAAGAAGCAAAACACAAUUGCCGCUCAGUGGGCGCAAUAA